AUGGUUACUAGAAGGAAUGAUGAUGCGCUUGCAGCGGCCUUGACCUUGUUGGCUGGUGCCAUUCUGCAAAUGAAUACUGGUGAUCGGGAGCGUGAUGCUGAUGAGUUACGUGCUUUAGGGAAGUUCCAGAAGAACAAUCCGCCAACUUUUGAAGGAGCUCAUGAACCUAACAAAGCUCAAGAGUGGUUGAAGGCGAUUGAGAAAAUCUUUCGAGUUAUGAACUAUUCCGAUGCGCAAAAGGUGCAGUUUGGCACUCAUAUGCGUGAGAAAGAAGCUAAGGAUUGGUGGCACAACACUGUUCAGAGAUUUGAUGAGGAUGGCAUUGAAGUGACUUGGACACUUUUCCCUGAGUAUGCUGCAAAGUUUGAGGAGUUGAUCAAAUUUUCUCCCCAUUACAAUACUGCUAAUGCUGAGAGAUCCAAGUGUCUUAAGUUUAUGAAUGGCUUGAGACCUAAUAUCAAGAAGGCAAUGGGUUACCAACAAAUUACGAGAUUUUAUGAGUUGGUUAACAAGAGUAGGAUCUAUGAUGAUGAUAGAUGUGAGAGUACUGCUCAUUACAAGUCCUUGUAUGAUAAGAAAGGAAAUGGGCAAUUCCGAGGGAAGUCGUAUGAUGGUAAGAAGAAAGCUGGUGAUGGCAAGAAGCCGAGUGAAGGAGGAUCUCACACUCUUGUCUGUAGUACCCCAAAAUUUUCCCUCCAUUUUUGUUUUUCAUCUAACCCAUAA